GCAAGAGAGGCUAUUAUCAACAAGGAUUCUGUCAUGCCAAGUUUCUCUCCUUCUGGAGUAGCCAAAAUUCUCUUGGACUUACAGCUGAUGCCCUUUCUCUCUGCAUUUCAGGCGGGGGUGUGUGGCUGGGGGUGGGGUGGGGGAGAAAGAAUGAAAGAAAGAAGUUAUUUUGGAGAAGGGGAACACUUUUAUGUCUACCUGAAGAGUUUUAACGGGAGACAAAAGCAGGGGACUAAACUCAGACUACUAAACUCUGCCAGCUGGUGGUGAGGUUAGCUUUGUUGGAGGUUAGGUGACAAUCAGAAAGCUGAGGGAAGAAAAGAAGAGCUCUUAAUUACCUUAAACGGUCUUUGCCGCUUCUUCUAGCAAGAGAAAAGCUUGGAUAAGGCUUGAAUGGGGCAUGAUGCAUUUUAGACAGCUGAUAUUCUCCCACAAGGCUUAUCUCUUCAAUUUCUAAUGACAAUUGCCUUUUUAAAUCCCCACUCAACAGUCUAGCCCCAGUACAUGCGGUUUCAAUCGGUUGCUUGAAACCUGUCUGUUACUUUAAACAGUGCCUACUCCUUCCUCCCCAGUGGAGCUCAGCUCACCUUCUGCCAAGUGAUGCUGAUUUAAUUAGCUGGAGCAUUGCUUUGAGCAGAGUUGCAGGCUUGGGACCUCCGUGCCAGGUGCCGCCCGUGGUCCUUGCGCUCUAUCUCCCUGGUCGCCGCUUAAACUGCUAGUAAUAACAAAUCCUUCAGGACAUCAAUAGAGUCGCCGCUUUGCUGGAGGCUGGCAGGCUAUUCGGCAGGAGGCUUGCAGAGGCAGCCUCGUUGCCUGUGACAUCACUCCUUGGAGCUCAGCCCCCCAUUUGAAGCUCCCUUCCUUAGGCAGUCUGUAGGUCCGUCUGCCUGCCUGCUUUCUAGAUCUGAAAACCUUCGUGGAAAAGAAUUGUCUUCUUUCAGCAAGCCAGGCUUGGCAAAUCAGAGAAUCAGAAAGAGAGAGAGAGAGCCUGAGAGAGCGGAGAAGAGGCAAGAAGAAGGGAGAGGGCGAAAGAGAAAUAGAAGGAAGAACAUAAGGGACUAGGCUACAGAAUGAAAUUCAUCACCGCAUUCUACUUGUUUUCUCUCUUCCCGGCGCUGGUCAUCAGCACCAGACAGGGCUAUGAGGAGCUGGAGAGGCAACUGAAAGAAGUCUUCAAGGAGAGAAGUAAUAUCCUCAGACAGCUGUCAAAGACUUCCAGAGAACUUGAUGGAAUUAAAGUAAACCUGCAGUCUUUGAAAAAUGAUGAGGCGUCAGCCAAGAGUGAUGUUCAGAAGCUUCUGGAAUUAGGCAAAAAGCAAAGGGAAGAAAUGAAGUCUCUCCAGGAGGCCUUUCAAAAGCAACUUAAUGAGGCAGCUGAGAAAGCAGAGAAGCAGCAGGCUACAAUUAAUUUUUUAAAGACUGAAAUGGAAAGAAAAAGUAAAAUGAUCCGAGAUCUCCAAAAUGAGAAUAAAAGCUUGAAAAACAAGCUGCUGUCAGGAAACAAGUUAUGUGGAAUCCAUGCUGAAGAGUCCAAAAAGAUCCAAGCCCAAUUGAAGGAACUACGUUAUGGGAAAAAGGACUUGAUUUUCAAGGCACAACAGCUCACAGAUUUGGAACAAAAAUUAGCAGUUGCUAAAGAUGAGUUGGAGAAAGCAGCUCUUGACAAGGAGUCCCAGUUGAAAGCUCUGAAGGAGACUGUCCAACUCUGUCUGACUUCGGUUCUGCGCAAUCAACCUCCAGCUAUGAGCCUAAUCCCCUCCAAAGUAACUGAGAGGAAGCUGCCAUCACCCAGUACAAAUAACUCAAAAGUUCCAGCUGCUGUGACAAGUAAAAAGGUUCAACCAACUGCCCUGGGUGAUAAAAAGAUCCUUCAAGUUGAGUUGCCAGAAGAAGAAAAGCCAAGUAGCAAGUGUGAUUCUCCAGAUGGCGGCAAGAUCUGUGCCCUGAAUCACAACUCUACUAACGUGAACAACAAGACCACAGAACUGGAUCCCGUCUUGCAGAAGCUGCAUACUUCUCCUCAGACUAAGCUGGAGGCCCCAAAAUCAGAUGAGGAAAACCAGAAGACUUCCAAAGGCAUCAUAAAUACAGAAGAAAAGACACUGUAGGCUUCCGGAAGCUGUGUUGCAAAUGCCAUUUGCUAGUGUCUUCACAUUAUUUUUAGUCCAAAGGCAUGACAAGAGUACUAAGUUUCUAGAGCAUGCAUCUUUUCCACUAUUUUCUGUAUGUUUGUAAAGUAGCUGACAGAAUUUCCAAAAUCCAACAUGCCAUUUAUUAUCCUUUAGCAAUAAUCUAUUUGAAAUCGAUAUUCACAGAAAUGCUUUUGUAAUUGAGUCCAGUUUUUUAAGACAUUAUGCUGUCUGGAUCAGUAACUUGCUUAUUAUAAAAUAGUCAGUUUUGUACACUAA